CGGCAACCUGUCAACAGUCUAGGCAUACCUGAAACACAUUUCUAACCCUUGAUCACCUGCUUCUAUCAGGUCGUUUCAGUGUAGCUGAACAAGGUUGCAGUGUUAUGGAUGAACCAUGAAGGCCCAAUUACAAGUCACAGUGAUUUCAGCAAAGCUGAAGGAAAACAAAAAGAACUGGUUUGGUCCCAGUCCGUAUGUUGAGGUGGCUGUGGAUGGACAGUCGAAGAGGACUGAAAAAUGCAACAACACACACAGUCCCAAAUGGAAGCAGGCUCUCACAGUCAUCGUAACUCCAGUUAGCAAACUGAUCUUUCGUGUUUGGAGCCACCAAACUCUGAAGGCUGACAUCCUGUUGGGAAUGGCCACACUACAGAUCAGUGAGACUCUGAAGGCAAAUGACCUGAAAUUGUGUGAGGUGGUCCAGACCCUGCAGCUGUGCUCUGACAGAGAUCCUCGGGAUGUCAUAGGCGACCUGUCAGUUUGCCUGGAUGGCAUGCAGGUGGACCCGGAGAGCUUUGCCUCAGCAGAGAAAGAACACGCUGCUGUCCCAAAUGGAAAUACAAGACAAAAUGGAGAUGCUGGCAACAGGUCAAGCAGAGACACGUCUCCCUCCAGCGAUUCAGAUGAGUGGGUGAUUGUACCAAACGGUCAUGCUGUAAAUGGCACCAGCUCUCCUUCACGGUCUCCAGGAGGCUCUGCCACCUCACGACCUCCUAGACCAGCUCGACCCCCUCCUCCAACCCCGUGCAGACCUGCAGCCUCACCAACCUCCUCUAGCAGUUCCUCUCCCAGUGAGCUGAGUGAAGGCCCCGCCUCUGAUGGCUCCUCUCAGGCGUCUGCUAGUGGGGGUUCAGAUCAGCAGGAUGAAGCAGGUGCUGGAGCGGCUACAGCAACUUCCACGUCCUCACAGACACCAAGUGGUCCCAAAUCAGGGGCCUCAGCCUCGUCCACUCCGGCCACAGCUCCUCCCAGAAUCACAGCCAUGAACAGUGGCCCCUUACCACCAGGGUGGGAGCAAAGAGUGGACCAGAAUGGACGGGUUUACUAUGUGGAUCAUAUUGAGAAAAGGACAACAUGGGACAGACCUGAGCCUUUGCCUACAGGGUGGGAGCGCAGGGUGGACCCCAUGGGUAGGGUGUACUACGUCGAUCACAUCACCCGGACUACUACAUGGCAACGUCCCACUCAGGAGUCGGUGCGUAACUAUGAGGAGUGGCAGCACCAGCGCAGCCAGCUGCAGGGCGCCAUGCAGCAGUUUAACCAGAGGUUCAUCUAUGGGCUCCAAGACCAGCUUGCAGCCACAACCAAUAAAGAGUUUGACCCCCUGGGACCACUGCCACAUGGUUGGGAGAAGAGAACAGACACCAAUGGCCGAGUGUAUUUUGUUCACCACCCAACUAGGGCGACGCAGUGGGAGGAUCCAAGGACGCAAGGGCUCCUGAACGACAAGCCUCUGCCAGAGGGAUGGGAGAUGAGGUUCACUGUGGAAGGGAUUCCCUACUUUGUGGACCACAACAGGCGGACCACGACCUACAUUGAUCCUCGCACCGGAAAAUCUUCACUUGAGAACGGGCCACAGAUAACCUAUGUCAGGGACUUUAAAGCCAAAGUGCAAUAUUUCAGAUUCUGGUGUCAGCAACUGUCGAUGCCUCAGCACAUCAAGAUCACUGUUUCCCGCAAAACUUUGUUCGAAGAUUCAUUUCAGCAGAUCAUGAGCUUCCACCCUCAAGAUCUAAGGCGGAGGCUGUGGAUUAUUUUCCCUGGAGAGGAAGGUUUGGACUACGGGGGUGUGGCCAGGGAAUGGUUCUUCUUGCUUUCUCAUGAAGUUUUGAACCCCAUGUACUGUUUGUUUGAGUACGCUGGAAAGGACAACUACUGUCUGCAGAUCAACCCGGCAUCCUACAUCAACCCAGAUCACCUCAAGUACUUCAAGUUCAUAGGGCGCUUCAUUGCCAUGGCCUUAUUCCAUAGCAAGUUCAUCGACACAGGCUUCUCCCUGCCCUUCUACAAACGUAUCCUGAACAAACCUCUGGCUCUCAAAGACCUGGAGUCCAUAGAUCCAGAGUUUUACAACUCACUCAUCUGGAUCAAGGAUAAUAACAUAGAGGAGUGUGGUCUGGAGAUGUUCUUCUCAGUCGACAAGGAGAUCCUUGGGGAGGUCACCACCCAUGAGCUGAAGCCAGAUGGAGGGAACAUACAAGUCACAGAGGAAAAUAAAGAGGAAUACAUUAGGUUAGUGGCAGAAUGGAGAUUGUCGAGAGGUGUGGAGGAACAAACACAGGCGUUCUUCGAGGGCUUCAAUGAAGUUCUGCCUCAGCAAUACCUUCAGUACUUUGAUGCUAAGGAGUUAGAGGUGAUGCUUUGUGGGAUGCAGGAGAUAGACCUAGUGGACUGGCAGAGAAAUACGAUCUACAGACAUUAUGCCCGAAGCAGUAAACAGAUCCUCUGGUUCUGGCAGUUUGUGAAGGAGAUGGAUAAUGAGAAGAGGAUGAGGCUGCUGCAGUUUGUCACAGGAACCUGUCGUCUCCCUGUCGGGGGCUUCGCUGAUUUGAUGGGGAGCAACGGGCCCCAAAAGUUCUGCAUUGAGAAAGUGGGCAAAGAGAACUGGCUUCCACGAAGCCACACGUGUUUUAAUCGUCUGGACCUCCCUCCAUACAAGAGCUAUGAGCAGCUGAAGGAGAAGCUCAUGUUUGCUAUAGAAGAGACAGAAGGCUUUGGGCAGGAGUGAAACAACACAAAACAGGAGCGACACAACGGGAUGGAGGACUAUGAGGGUUUGGGGGAGCGAUAUCCAUUUCACAGAGCACUUUUCAACAGAUUGUUCUUGCAGCCAGGAGCUGCUUAUUUACUGCUAGAUAGGUGUACAAAUCUUUAUUUUCUUUAUUUUCUAUACAGUAGUGACUAUUCUUAAGCCAUUUUGUCAUAUAUCUUUUCAUUUUUUCACAAGAGAGCUGUGAACCCCCCCGUAUGCCCCCUUAAACAUCUCAGUUUCACCAUAAGAGCCCAAACUCCGCUCAGCUCACUUAGUCCUGCUUUAGUCCACGACGGAAGCAAAGGAGACGCCUUUCUCACUGUGUCAUGUCGGCACUUGAUCUGCAUUGCGCAAGUGCAGUUUCUAGACGUUGUCCUGUGUUUGUGUGCUGUAGUGACUCCUUAAGAGCCUCUUUGUAAGGCCUAUGCACUAGACAGAAUCAUUUUAGUGAAGAAUAUAAAAGAACCCUCUUUGUGCAACAGCGUAUCAGGCCCACUUCAGCUAGAGAAACCAUUUUUACUGAGGAGGAAGAGAGGAUAAUACAUGAAGAAAAAAAUGUAAUUUGCCACAUGUCAGUUUUAAUUUCUGAGAAUACAAAAAAAGUACACUUUUGGGAAUAGAAUCCAAACAUUUUCUAAUAUGAAGUCAAAUGUGUGGAAAAAAGAGAUUGUCGAAAAUGAAAAAACAGACACUGGGGUUUGAGUCCCAAGCUGAAGACACAUAACAAGAUUUUUUGCCAGAUUUUACCCACGACUCCCAGUUUGGCAAAGUCUGCACCAGUCUGCACAAUUUGUUGACAGUGAAUAUGGAUAGUUGGCACAAAAAUCUGUCAGUGUGUGUGAAGGAAACAGACCUGACCCGACCUCAGUCAGAGUCAAUUUAUUUAUAAUUUUUUUUUUAACCUUUAUUUCAUCAGGAAAAAUCCCAUUGAGAUUAAGAGCCUGUUUUUACGAGGGAAUCCUGGCCAUGACAGGCAGCAGCAAAUACAACACACAGUUACAAGAUAAAACACAUAUAACAGACACAUUUAACAAUAAAUAAUUAGUAAAAAUAACAUUUACAAGCAGAUUAAGAAAAACAAGUGCAAGUUAUGGAGAUGACCUCAAGAACUCUGUUUGGACU